AUGUCAGUAGUGGGCGUGUUGUCGGUCGUCUCCUGCGACAUCUUCAACAGCGCCAUCGAGAGGAAAAUAAACGAGACCUUGAGAACUAUCACGAGCAACACGUCGGACACGGCCCUGCUGCUGGACAUCGACACCUUCGUCAGUUAUAAUGGACUGAGGGGUGGAGACAGCUCCCCGCGCUCCUCCGCCUCGGAGACUCCGCCACACAACGACACUAAGGGAAGCUUGAGAAUUUAUCCGGUGUACUUUUUUUCCUAA